AGACAUGGAAUUGUUCUAUGCCUCUCUUGUUUGCCUCUUUGUCCUUUUACUCUCCCUCUCCUUCCUCUUUCUCUUCAACAAUAAGAACAAAUCCAUUAUCUUGUCUUGCCCUCUUCCUCCUGGAAAGUCCGGUUGGCCGGUUAUCGGUGAAACCCUCGAGUUUCUCUCUACUGGUUGGAAAGGUCAUCCUGAAAAAUUCAUCUUCGAUAGAAUUUCCAAAUACAAGUCUAGCAUUUUCAAAACUCAUCUUUUAGGUGAAAAAGCGGUUGUUUUUUGUGGUGCAUCUAGUAAUAAGUUUUUGUUUUCGAAUGAAAAUAAACUAGUUCAAACAUGGUGGCCAAGUUCAGUGGACAAAGUCUUUCCAUCUUCAACACAAACUUCUUCAAAAGAAGAAGCUAUCAAAAUGAGGAAAAUGCUUCCUAAUUUCCUCAAACCUGAAGCAUUGCAACGUUACAUUCGAAUCAUGGAUCAUAUCGCGCAAAAACAUUUUCAAUCGUGGGAAAAUCAACAAGAAGUUGUUGUUUUCCCUCUAGCUAAACGUUAUACUUUUUGGUUAGCUUGUAGGUUAUUUGUCAGUGUGGAAGAUCCUAACCAUGUUGCUAAACUUGCUGAUCCUUUCGAUGUUUUGGCUUCUGGAUUGAUUUCUAUACCUAUAAAUUUACCUGGCACGCCAUUUAAUCGUGCCAUUAAGGCCUCGAAUUUUAUUAGAAAAGAGCUUGUGGCAAUCAUAAAGCAAAGGAAGAUUGAUUUGACCGAGGGAAAAGCAUCAGACAGUCAAGAUAUAUUGUCACACAUGUUGUUGACAAGUGAUGAAAAUGGGAAGUUUAUGCAUGAGUUGGAUAUUGCUGAUAAGAUAUUAGGGUUGUUGAUUGGUGGCCAUGACACUGCUAGUUCUGCUUGUGCUUUUAUUGUUAAAUACCUUGCUGAGCUUCCUGAAAUUUAUGAUCAAGUUUACAAAGAGCAAAUAGAGAUUGCAAAAUCAAAGGGUCCAGGAGAAUUAUUGAGUUGGGAAGACAUUAAAAAGAUGAAAUAUUCAUGGAAUGUGGCAUGUGAAGUUCUAAGACUUGCUCCACCCCUUCAAGGUGCUUUUAGGGAAGCCCUUGUAGACUUCACCUUCAACGGUUUCUCCAUUCCAAAAGGAUGGAAGAUAUAUUGGAGUGCAAAUUCAACACACAUAAAUCCAGAAGUAUUCCUAGAUCCUUUAAAAUUUGACCCCUCAAGAUUUGAAGGAAAUGGACCUGCUCCAUACACAUUUGUACCUUUUGGUGGUGGACCAAGAAUGUGCCCUGGAAAAGAGUAUGCUCGUUUAGAAAUACUUGUCUUCGUGCACCAUCUUGUUAAAAGGUUCAGCUGGAAGAAAAUUAUCCAUGAUGAGAAAAUCGUCGUUAAUCCCAUGCCAAUUCCGGCUAACGGACUUCCGAUCAGACUCUAUCCUCAUCACGUAAAAACUUAAAUUGUUAGAGAGAGUAUAUCGAAUUGAUGACUAGUACGUAUUAUAUUGUGGUUAUAUGUAUGUUGAUUUUAUGUCUUCGUUAAUUAAGGCAAUCUUCUAUUUAUAAAGCAAAGGACAUAGGCCAUAAAGCAAGGACAUAGGCCAAAAAUUGAUAAUUG